AUGGCAUCCAUCCGGCGUUGGUGGACCAGCGACACGGCGUUGCACACGUACAUUUACGCCCAGACCCUCAUCUCCCUGCCCUUCUCCGUCUUCGGCACUUAUACCCAAUACCAGCUGCAGGCCGUGGGCUAUGCCAUCGGCAAGGACAGCGUCGGCGGGCCAUGUGUCGACUACUGCAUCGUGCCCUGGCUGGGCACCCACAUGGACCUGAACUCGGUACUGCUCUACAUGAACGCCUUCGGUAUCGGCCUGUCGGGUCUCAUCACUCUGUUCCUCGCCGCCUACUCCGACUACUGGUCCCACAAACAUCUCCUGGUCACCAUCGGCUUCGUGACGUACGGAUGCUUCACGAUACCGGUGUACUGGUUGCAGGACACUUCGAGCUACGACUUCAACGUACUUUCGGCCUUGUCCAUCGUCUUUACCAUCGCCACCAACAUCCUCGUGGCCGUCCUCAACAUCUACGUUCCAUACUGCAUGCGGGAGAAUGCGGCCGCGAUCAAAGCGUCAACACGCAGUCACGGUCAUCCGAACGUGCUUCCAUCGCCGCCCUCCCCACCCAGCUCGUCCAAUGCACCCAUCGGGAAUGCAUCCGUCGAGAGCUCCGAGAAGCGCACAUACGGCUUUAAGAUGACGGUCAUCGGCUCGUUCGCCAAUUCCAUUGGCGCCCUGAUCAUGUACAUUAUCGUCAUCAUAAUCACGGAAACGACCAAGAACGUCAACGCGCCGGGCUUGCUCGUCGCGACAACCGUGGGCUUCAUUACCGUCGCAGGCGCCUCGGUCGUGUACUUUGGCCUCCCUCGCCUUCCAGCGAAGGAUGCCGAGGAACUCGUGGGCGAGACGGCCGGGCCACUGAUCGAAUUUACACCAUCUACACCGACUGCACCUACGCCAUCUCCUCCGUGA